CUUUGUCAAUUGUCAAUUGUCGAUUGUAGCAUUUCUGAUUUAACGCGCUGAUCUUUUUUACAUUUUCAUUCAGACAAAAAGCCAUUGUCUUGUCUCACUCUCCCUCUCUUCCAUCUACCCAUCCUCUCUUUCUCUCUUUCUCUCUCUCUCUUUGUUGCUUCCGCCAACAUCAAAUCUUAGCAAUGGGUGCUGCCUCGGAAGCAUUCCGUUUGAUUGAGACUGGGGGCAAUCCACGUCUGCAUCCAGACUUGGAUUACACUUUAUAUCUACCAUUAUUGAUAUCACGAUAUUCCUUGGAAUAUAUCCCAUUUCUAGUCCGCUACCCUCAGACAUGGAUUGCAACUAGGUAUCGGGAUCUUGAUUAUCGAUUAAUCCAACGCCAGGUCAAAGAGGAACUGCAAUUGGAAAAACAAAAUAUACAGAGAUCCACAUCCAAUUCAACACUAUCACUGUUCGAAACAGGAACUGACGAGGACCGAGCACGCAUCGUGCUAAUUGAACUUGCUAAACUGGAUUGGGAGAGUUCAGAACAGUCCUUCACAAAUGGAAAUAAACAGAUCGAACGCCAGGCCUCAGCUCUGUUUGACAGCCCUAUAUACCGCCAAGAAGUCUCAAUGAUCCUGGCAAUGUGUACUCUGCGAUGCAGGCAUCCUCUGUUAAACAUCCAGGCAACUGUGAAUUCACUACGCUUAUUACAAAACCCUGCGCCGCUGAUCACUACUCUAGUUGCCAAUCACCCCUCAUCAUUUUCUCUCAUCAUCGAAUCUUUACUGGGAUCAGAGGGACGCCUCAGCAACACAAAACCCAUCCUCCUCCGACUGUGCAAAUUGGCUGAUCAUAAGAUAUGGGGCGUUCGUCAACGACUGAUUACAAGGAAAGUAUUUCCGAAUCUCGCUAUUGAACUCACUAUCGAACAUUGUCACGACGAAAUCUGCUUCAUGAAUCGGAUCCUACGGGGACAACCAGAAUGGCUCACGAAUGAUGUGGAUCCGAUUACGAGGAACAGUCUUAGUUCGAUCAUGGAAUUCGUGUUUUCAUCUCUGAAUGAUGAACUAACUUCGGAGAGACCGGACCAUGUGGCCGUCAACCGCCUGCUCAGGAUCCUUUCAGGCAUGGUUGGUUUGAUGAACCUGUCAUUGACGGCUGAACAACUGGAGAUUUCAAUGGGCAUUCUGGAAAUGUCCCCACUAGAGUCAAGCACGAUUGGUCUCAAGAUUUGUCUUAUCCUAAUGAGCGCGUCCCAACUCCUUAAAUAUUCUCAAUCUCGGCUUGAACGAGUUCUUCAUCAAAUGAUUCGUUGUCAAGAUUCAACACAGAUCCAACAUCUCUUGAUAUAUUUCCAGCAACAGCAGCUUUUGAGGAUCGAUGACAUGGUAUCAAAAACACUCUCGAUGAGCAUUGUGGUUCCACGUGGCGGUCUUAUGGAGUUGAGCACACUCUUCUCUCACGUGUUUACAAAUGAAGAACUGUCCUCGUGUGCGCUUAGAAUCGGUCGACCUACUGUUAGUUCUGGUGCUGGUGCUGGUGCUGAUAAUGCUUCUAAUGCUGCUAACGCGGAUGCUACAGUAUUAGGCACCAAGGAAUCGACCAUUAAAUCCACAAUAAACUCAAUAUCGACUCAUACCCCUAACCCGGACAGUGAACAGGAUUCAUCUUUACGUUCCACAGCAAAUUUCAUCGUUGGUUAUUUAUUACAGCAGGACGUUUUCCACAAGAGUGCAACCGAUGUUCAGAAAUGGGUUAUGGAGCAAAUUCAGGCGGCGACUGUACCCCUGGAUGCGAACAUGAUUCAUUUGUUGCGAGCAUAUACAGCAGCUAUCUCACGAUCCCCUCAUAUCACAAGGAUACCUGAGCAGGACAUCAGAGCAUGCUUCAGUAACCCGUAUGAUGACCCAACACCGGCGAAGGUCUUGAUUGUUCUGUACAUGCUCAUGAAUAAUGAUCUCUGUAUAGGGAACUUGGGCAGCAUCGGUGCAAUAGGGCGAAUGAAAGAAUAUGAUGCGAACUUACUGGAAUAUGUUCAGAUCCGAAAAAUAGUGCUCUAUGUUCAAAACUUUCAGGGAGGAACGGCAUUUCGUGCAGUACAACCCAUGUUCCUGAAACUUGUCAACUCUCAGUUCCCGGAGUUGUUUGAUGUUACGACACUGCUUCUAGAGGAAGGAAUGGCUACCUCGACACAACACCAUGUAGAAGGCUCCUAUUCUGAACCAAGGCAGAACCCAUUGGAAACUGUAGAUGCUGCACAAAUCAUGGAACCGCACUUCCAGGCCAUAGCCCAACAUAUUCGUGAUCCUAGAGCAGCAGUUAAAGGCUACCAUUCAUUCCAGAGGCUACGCCAAUCCGAUAGGCAGAUGUUAGCAGAACAGUUAAUCAAAGUGAGCUUGCCAUCUUUGCUGGAUCCAAAGUCAAGUCCACCUGUGAUUGAAGCUUUCAAGAAUACAUGGGAUCAGCUCAAUAGUAUCAUGCCACACGAGAUAUGGGCAUUGACCAUCCAUGCACUCCUUCCACAACCACUCAUGAAUCCAAGAUCUAUCAUCACCCCUACAUCUACAUCUACAUCUAUAUCUAUAUCUACAGAAUCCGCCACCGGCAGACCUCUACCACUCUCACAUCAGAUCGUGAAGCGUAAUCAAGCGCAAAAACAAUUGACGGUCCUCUAUACUUUUGAUUGGCUGGUCCAAGAUCCAUUAUUGCUUUUCAAGGUCGACUUUCGGACUUUUCGUUCACCAAUGAUUUUCCGUCUUUUUAUUCAGGUGUUAAGUGCGGUGAUGACGGGAUCACGACAUUGGUACCGGAAACAACUUCAGAUUGCACAGGCAUAUCCACAAGCUCCACAACAGGGUCGACACCCAUCAGUAUCAGGAUCUUCUUCUUCUUCUUCCGCCUCUGCCGCUGCCGCUGCCUCUGCCUCUAAUCCUGCCUCAUUAGUACAAGCACAGCGACGUCAAUUCAAGGAAGCCAAUUUGAGUGCCAUGCUCUAUAUCCAGGACUCUGCAUUGGUUCAGCUUUUAUUGGAAAUUUGUGAAGCACGUCCGGAGGAUCUUGUGUCGUCGUCGACCAGCUCGUCGAUGGAAGAGGGAACAGGGACACAACAACAACAACAACAACAACAACAACAGCCACGCAUGACUAGAAAGAACCAAAAGGAGAGUUCAAUGGAUGAUAUCUCGAAUGUGCUAAAGGAAGUACGGAUUGUAACAUUCAACUUUUUGCAUCAGUUGUUCAUUGAUCACAAGAUUUUUCCAAAACUGGUACACUUUCAGGGAUAUGCGAUGGAUUUAUUACCGGCGGUUGUUGCGGGGGUGGAUUCUAUUCAUGUGUGUCUGGAUUUCUUGCAAGAGAUUUUAUUUUCAGUGGCCCCUUCCUCUAUGCUUGCAAUGAGCUCAUCGGCUACUAGUACUACUCCUUCUUCAUCUUCUUCUUCUUCUUCCCAUCUUGGUGGAGGCGGUGGUAGUGGUGGUAUUGGAGGAGGAGGAGGAGGAGGAGGAGGCGGUGGAAUAGACUUACCAGAGGACAAACCAGAUGUGGCCCCACAGGUGUUUGCACUUCGCUUGGCGGCUCAUCUUUGUGAACGAUUUCCGUUACAGAACACGAUGCAGAUGACGAUUGAUUUUAUUUUACCGAGAUUUCAGGCUCUGGCUAUUAGUACAGGGUUCGCGAAGGAGGUUCUGGAGAGUGCUGUGAUCUUGGCCAAGGCCUUUCCGAGUUUACGCGAUGACAUUGUGUCUGUGCUUCGAGAAACAAGUGGACCACAGGACAAGAAAGCCUUGGAGAGGACAAUCGAGGCAAUUCAUCAAGAAUUACUUGAUCCUGCCAUCCUAGAUAAAAGCUUGCUUUAA